AUGUCUUCAACAGAGAAAUCUCAAGAAUUAUUUUCAGAGCUUCACGUAGCGUACAUAAAAAACCUGGACACGAAACGCGACGAUCUCGAAUACUGGCUCACAGAACACUUACGACUCAGUGGAGUUUACUGGGGUUUAACGGCUUUAGACCUGCUGAAUAAUAUAAAUGCAUUAGAUAGAGAAGAAGUGGUGAAGUAUGUGGUUUCUUGUCAGCAUGAGAAUGGGGGCUUCGGUGCACAUCUUCGACAUGAUCCACAUAUAUUAUAUACAUUAUACGCGGUUCAAAUUCUCGUGAUAGAGGACGCGAUUGAUGCUGUCAAUGUAGAGAAGAUUGUAGAAUACGUUUCUUUACUUCAAGACCCCACGACAGGUGCAUUCGCCGGUGACGAAUGGGGCGAAAUCGAUACACGAUUUUCAUAUUCGGCAUUAUCAUGUCUGUCGUUACUGAAACGUUUGGACGCGGUAGACGUGGAUAAAGCCAUUGAUUUCAUAAUGAAAUGUAAGAACUUUGAUGGCGGGUUUGGUAGUACGCCUGGAGCCGAAUCACAUGCUGGGCAAAUAUUCUGUUGCGUUGGUGCUCUUGCUAUUGUCAAUUCUCUGCAUUUGGUUGAUGCUGAUUUACUUGGAUGGUGGUUAUGCGAAAGACAGUUAAAGAAUGGAGGGUUGAAUGGUCGACCUGAAAAAUUGGAAGAUGUAUGUUAUUCUUGGUGGGUCCUAUCGGCUCUCAGUAUCUUGGGAAGAUUGCACUGGAUAAAUAAAGACAGAUUAAUAGACUUUGUGUUGGAUGCUCAGGAUCCCGAAUCCGGAGGAAUUGCCGAUCGCCCAGGAGACAUGGUUGAUGUGUUUCAUACGUUAUUUGGAAUCGCAGGGUUAUCGUUACUCGGAUACCCAGGAUUAAAACCAGUUGAUCCCGUUUACUGUCUACCGAAGCAUGUAGUUCAACGUAUUGGAUUAGCAGAAAGAUAUCAUGUGUAG